GGCCAUCCCCUCCCUCCUCUUCCUCGCACGUCCUCUUCCAUUCCAGUAAUGGGCUCUGCUUCAUCAGAUGGUCUCCGGGAGCACUUGCUGGACGUGGACGGCGGCGGAGCGGCGGCGGUGCCCAAGAUACGGGUGCGCGGGCUGCGGCGCCGCGCGGACGCGACCGGCGAGGAGAUCCUCCGCGGCGUCCACCUCGACGUGCCGCGCGGGGCCGUCAUGGGCGUCAUCGGCCCCAGCGGCAGCGGCAAGUCCACGCUGCUCCGCGCGCUCAACCGCCUCUGGGAGCCCGCGCCCGGCGCCGUGCUCCUCGACGGCGCCGACAUCUGCGCCCUCGACGUCCUCGCCCUGCGCCGCAAGGUCGGCAUGCUCUUCCAGCUCCCCGCCAUGUUCGACGGAACCGUGGCUGACAACGUACGAUACGGGCCGCAGUUGCGCGGCAAGAAGCUAACCGAGGCCGAAGUGAAGAGCCUGCUGCACCUGGCCGACCUGGACCCUGCUCUGUGCUCCAAGCCGGCGUCCGAGCUGUCGGUCGGGCAGGCACAGCGCGUCGCCCUGGCCCGGACCCUCGCCAACGACCCCGAGGUGCUCCUGCUGGACGAGCCGACCAGCGCGCUGGACCCCAUCUCGACGCAGAACAUCGAGGAGGCCAUCGUGCGGCUGAAGAAGACGAGGGGGCUCACCACGGUGAUCGUCUCCCACAGCGUGAAGCAGAUCCAGCGCAUCGCCGACCUGGUGUGCCUCGUCGUCGCCGGCGAGGUCGUGGAGGUGCUCGCGCCGUCCGACCUGUCCGACGCCAAGCACCCGAUGGCCAGGCGUUUCUUGGAGCUCAGCGGCUGAAAGCCCGCCUGCUCGCUGCUGCUUCGUUGGAUUUCGAAACUCUUCUACCUAAUCGGAUGCUUUCGAGCUGUUCUGGAUGGAAAGGAUCGGACGUGUGGUUAUCUUUCCAAUCGCCUAUCAUGUUCUCUACUUUUGUUCUCGUGUAUACAUACAAUCUGUUAAAGUA